CAGUGACUGUGUGCCUAGGCAGAUAGCAGCAGCAGUGAAUAGCAACAGGGUGUCCCCACCAUGGCUUACACCGAGACCCUGGCUGGAAUCAGGAACCACCUCCGGAUCCGCAACCUCCUGGUCCGACAGUGCCUGGCAGAAUUUCUGGGUGUAUUUGUGCUCCUGCUCCUCACCCAGGGGGCUGUGGCCCAGGCUGUCACCAGUGGAGAAACCAAAGGGAACUUCCUCACCAUGUUUCUGGCUGGCUCUUUCUCUGUGACGAUAGCCAUCUACGUGGCCGGCAAUAUCUCAGGAGCCCACCUGAACCCAGCUUUCUCACUGGCCAUGUGCCUCGUGGGACGCUUUCCCUGGACCAUGUUCCCCAUUUACUGCUUGGUGCAGCUGCUGGCUGCUUUCUGUGCCUCAGGAGCCACCUACAUUCUUUACUACGAUGCUUUACAGAACUACACAGGCGGGAACCUGACAGUGACUGGCCCCAAGGAGACAGCCUCCAUCUUUACUACCUAUCCUGCCCCCUAUCUUUCCUUGAACAAUGGCUUUCUGGAUCAGGUCAUUGGCACUGCAAUGCUGAUUGUGGGGCUCUUAGCCAUCCUGGACAGACGCAACAAGGGUGUUCCUGCUGGUCUGGAGCCCGUGGUGGUGGGGCUGCUGAUAAUGGUCAUUGGAUUCUCCAUGGGUGUCAACUGUGGGUUUCCACUCAACCCUGCCCGGGACCUGGGACCACGACUCUUCACCUACAUGGCUGGCUGGGGCCCUGAAGUCUUUAGUGCCGGGAAUGGCUGGUGGUGGGUGCCAGUGGUGGCCCCUCUGGUGGGGGCCACCCUUGGCUCUGCCAUCUACCAAGGGUUUGUGGCUCUGCACCACCCUGAGGAUCCUGGGCUGGUUCACGAUCUGGACUCCAUUCAGCACAACGCUACAGACUUGGCAAAACAUGUCUCACCUCCGAUACUGGAGAGCAAGCUAUGA